AUGGCGUCUAACCCUUUUGAAAAGCUUUUGCAAAGUUCUAAAGAACUUGCAGAACUCUCAAAAAAUAGUAGUGGUGUGCCUCAACUGAAUAGAGACUUGGGCCAAAUUGCCACCGAGACGAACUUAUUAACUUCAAAAGUCAGUACAGGUCAACCACUCAACGCCAACGCACAUUACUUCUUGGCUCAAGGAGGAUCUAAUACGCAUGAAGUAACAACCAAUUUAAAAGAUAUUGAUACCAAAGUUAUAUUCCAACCUACAGAAGUGAUCAAGAAUACAGACGUUGAAGGCUAUCUAGAAAAAGUACAAGGGACAUACAUGCGAGAAAUCACUCAAGAAACAAGACAAAAGACAAGGCAAAAUUUGUUACACCAUAUGGAACAACAACUUCAUGACAACUGGGCAACAAUGCAAACACGUAUUCUUAGUGCAUGGGAUCAGGAACAAGACAACAAGUUGUUUGGAAAACAUUGUGUUCAGUCCAAGACUCAGAUGCAUGAUUAUGCCAAUGCUAUUCGAGAAUUAAACCAGAAGCGAUUGCAUCUCGAGAAAGUGCCUCUUAUUCCUCGACUGCAACAAGUAUUAAAAUCAACAACAUGUACAAAAACACAAAGAAGUUUCAUGAACGAUACUUGGGAUAUAGUUGCUCAUGUUGCUAAAGAUAUCGAGCAAACAGCUUAUCCUAAAGAUAGUUUAGCAAUCACUCGCAUGAAUCAGUCCAUGAUUGCUUCUGUCAAAAAGUGGCUAGAAAACCAAUAUCUUGGUAUAGCCAACCAGGCAUUACUCUCAAGUGGAUCUCAGAGCCUUGGUGGCUCACCUUCUAUUAUUCAUCGGAUGUGUGUAUUUUCACGUAUUUUGUACAACAGCAUUACCAGUUCAUCUUCACUUUAUUUUGAAAUUGACAACAAUACACCUAUUUGGCUACUGUUGUAUAUCUUGUUCCGUAUUGGUCGCCCUGAAUUAGCUCUUCAGUAUGUAGAUGAUCAUCAGCAACAGUUUUAUAAUGCACCUGGAUUUUUAAACUAUUUACGAGCCUAUCUUUCUUCUAAGGAUCAUUUGCUCAGCCAAGACAUGCAAGAGCAAGUGCGUUCACAGUAUCGGAUGAUGACUUAUGGAAAUCAACCUAUAGAUCCUUAUAAGAAGUUACUUUACAAGAUCAUGGGUCGAUGCGAAUUACAUAUAACAGGCUUGGAUAUGUGUAAAGAGACAGAAGAUUAUCUUUGGCUACAAUUAAGCUUGAUUCGUGAAGGAAGUGAUUAUACACUCUCCAGCUUACAAAAGACAAUUGUUCAUGCUGGUCCUGAUCAUUAUGAUAGCAAGAAAUUAAAUCCUUGGUAUUAUGCCUAUGUCUUGACAUUGACUUGUCAAUUUGAAAGGGCCACUGCUUUUAUGUACACACAACAACAGUUUAGAUUAGAAGCCGUUCAUUAUGGUAUUGCUGCUGCUUAUUAUAAUCUGAUUCGAGUUUCAAACGAUGUUACCGAAUUGCUGGCAACAAAACCAGACGGCAAUGCAAGCCUAAGCCUGAGUCGUCUCAUAAAGCAAUAUGUUGACUUUUUUGAGCAAGCCAGUGUUGAAGAGGUUAUCAAUUACUAUUGUUUAUUGACACUCUGUCCUACACAAGACAUGGCUGAUCUUUGUCAUGAAUACAUUGCUGAUUAUGCUGCUAAACAAGAAAACUACAAAGAUAUUUUAGGGGAUAAACUUACUUAUCGUCCUGGUCUAAUCGAGACAUAUAAGCCUUUACUCGGUUUGGAAAGUGAGCAAGCAUACAAAGAAAACAUUCUUGAGCGUGUCGCACAACAUUUUGACAUGUGUGGUAAAUACAAGGAUGCUAUCUCUAUUUAUGAACUUGCUGGUGAUUAUCAUAAGGGAUUAGCUGUAUUGAAUCAACAACUUGACUAUGCAUUGGAUAGGCCCAUGGCUAUCUUGCUUGGAAAACAACACUAUCAAUCACUCGUCGAUGAUAAUGAUCUGAUUGCAUGUUGCCAUGCUGCAUCUAGUUAUGCCUAUGUGCCAAAAGAUGACAUGGUUGCCAAGACGCACUCUAUAUUGCUACUAUUACUCAUGGCUUCAAAGGCAUAUGAAGCUGGUAAACAUGAAGAAGCAUUAGAACUUAUCAAAUCAGCCCAUGUUAUUCCUUUUGAGGAUAAUGGAAGUUAUCAAUCUGCAGUCAGAGCCACUGAAAUAUACAAAUCUAUGGACGAAACAGUCAAGAAACAUGUACCUGGCAUCGUGAUGAUGACAGUGGAAGUUUUGUAUUCUCUCUAUAAGUACUAUUCUGACCAGAGUGCCUAUACACUAACAGAGGCUCAAAAACAAUAUAUGGCUGAUCAAUGCAAAAAGUGGGAGAUUUAUAUUAAGUCCUUAAAGACAUUCGCAGGCAUGAUUAGUUCAGAUAUCCCAGUCAAUGUACUCCAUAAACUGAUCAAAAAAUUAACAGAAUUACACCAAUAA